UCUGAAUUUAUUGGGCAUUUUCCACGCGAUUCAGCCUGUGAUGGAAAGUUUGAUCUCUUCGAUCCUCCACUACUUCUUUCACGAUGUCGACCGAAAGCGAAGUCAAGCACUGGCACGUAACUUAUAACAAUAUCCACAAUUUAAUCCGCAAAAAUACGCCAAAGAUCGCUACAGAGUUCAAUCCUGAUCUAUUAGUGGCUAUCGGCGGAGGAGGAUUCUUUCCUGCUCGGGUUAUGCGUACAUUCUUACGCGAAAUAACUACGAACAAAACUCUUCAAAUACAAGCAAUCGGUUUAUCCCUUUAUGAACCAGUUGAUGGAGUCACGGAAGAUAAGAUCGGUGAACAGGUCAUCCGUACGCAGUGGUUAGGUGCUGAUGCUGGUAAGAUGCUCCUAGGAAAGCGCGUCCUCAUUGUGGACGAAGUUGACGACACUCGGAAAACCCUGAGCUACGCCCUCACUGAACUCCGAAAAGAUGUUGAAGCCGAACUUUUAAACUAUCCCGAAGUAGAUCGGGAUGCGCUGCGCGCUUCAACAAAGUUCGGGAUAUUCGUCGUUCAUAACAAGAACAAGCCAAAGUUGGCAGAGUUGCCGGAAGGGACAUUAUAUUACUCUGGAGAGGAGGUGGAUGAUGUGUGGUUAGAUUAUCCUUGGGAAUCAACAAAUAUCGAGGAGCAUGAUAAGUUCGCCGCGUUAGAUGAACAAAAUGCCGCAGCAAAGACAGUGGACGUACGCGUGUGAGUGGUUGAGGAACGUU